CCGCACGAAAGCAAAACACAAAACUUUCACUCGCAUUCGCAAGAAGAUCUUUGCAAUCGCAAUAUUUCGCGACAAGUUUUGUCCGUUUUAUCGCUGAAGUCCAUCGGUAAACCCGCUCCGGUGUCGCGUUUUGGUGAAUCCGCACAACGACGUGUGAUGCGCUAACCGCGAAAAUAACGUUACGUGAGUGAUACGUGGGGAAGACAGGUUGAACAGCAAUCUUCCGGUGUUCCGUCGUUCUUUGCCUUUAGUGUAUUUGAAUUCGUCAUCAUCAUCAUCUGAGAAUCAUCAUCGGCUCAGUUUUGCCAGCGUAGUUUCAAUUUUCACCUUCGUCUUAUCCGCAAAUCAGCCCAGAGCACUAGCAAGCAAGCAAUACUAGAAGAAAUGUCUUUCACCGAGAGAUUAGCUGGGCUGAUGGCCCGCCCCGGUCAGGAUAACGUUCCCCGAGACGACGUGCCGUGGCAUCUGAAGUAUGGCGGUCGCGCUGUUGGAAUUGUGGGAGGAUUCUUCGCUAUACUGUUCGGUCUAUACAACUGCAUUGGAAUCCUACUGGGCGAUAUCGGCUGCCUGGUCGGUGGAAUUCUGGAAAUUUUAGCUGGUUUCGUAGUAUUAGCAAUAGAAGCACCUUGUUGUUUCAUCUUCAUUGACCAUGUGCAGCAAAUAGCGGAAAAAGCAGACCAGCGGCCCUACUGGAACAGGGCUGCGCUCUACUGCGCAAUCGCAAUUCCACCAGUGGUCCUUUGCUUUGGCUUGGGUAGUCUAUUCGGAUGCGGACUAAUUUUUGUCACCGGAAUGAUCUACGGGAUGAUGUCGCUCGGCAAAAAAGCGUCGUUUGCGGAAAUGCGGGCGGCGGCAGCAGCGUCAACGGCAGCUUCGUCCGCUGAGCAGGGUCGUUCCGGUGGCGCCAACAGUGCCGGCUCCAAUCUGGGGGCACCCAUGCCGAACAGUAAGCAGAGCUCGACCCUAGUGAACAAUGUGCAACCGAUCGCUUACAGUAUGCCACCACCGUACGAUAGUGUAGCCUAACCAUCAGAGUUAUAAUUAUAGUAGGACGUGCAAAGAUAGUGAAAACAAGGACGAAAGUUUAUAGGAAGAAUUUGAGUCCAAAAAUAUUGCUAAACAUCCCAGAUCCUUCCCAUUUCCCAUCUAGUUGCUGUAUAACUCCAACAAUUAUUAUACCCCAAGAUUGGUAAGCGAAGUUGAGUUGACUGAGAAGCUGCUUACGCCAAAAGCAGAAAAUCACAUGAUUCUGUUACUUUAGCUCCUAUGUGCAUUUUGCUGUUUAGUGGAUGAUUCAAAGUAUGCGAACUAAAGACAAACUUAUAAUUAAUUCUAUUACCUAUGAAUACUGAUGAUCAAGACAAAAUAUUAAUCCCAAUUACUAGCGAAACUUAUUGAACUAGCUUAAUUGAUUAAACAUAUUAAAACAUAUACACUAUAUUUAUUAGUGAAGUUGAAUUACAUAACUGAGAUAUGUGCUGUAAAUUUUUUUUCUUGCGUUAGAUGUAAAUUUGUUGCUCUUAAGUGUGUCUUCAACACAACUUUGAAAAAAGACGUCAUCAUCAGGAAAGGUAAUAAUGUUUAGCAAACACUCUGUGAGAAAAACUACACAUCAAAUUUAGUUAGCCUAAACUCUAUUUAUUGCAACUUAAUUUACUGAACUGAACUCUAACGGAAACGAUGAAUAACCAUUGAUUAUGAUUUCUGAAUAAUAAGUCAACUGGCGGGCUCAGGUUGAUUUUAACGCGUUGCGCCAGUGGAUUAUUCAUAUAUAUAGUGAUAUAUAAGUUCUGAACGAAUGUACAGCAAAUCAAACGGAAUGGUGUAAAAAUAUAACAACAGUGAAAUAAUUGGCAGAAAGUAUGAGAAGCAAAUGCUUGUAACAGGUAUCUUGUUAAAUACAAAUCCAAUUACACUAAUAUUAAGACUGGCAGUGAAUAAACUUUCCAUUGAAUAUGCGAGAAAACAUGAAA